CGCGAGGCGAGGUGACGCGAGAUACUUCUAGCCGCUGUCGUUGCGCCGCCGUUGCGCGUCCCGUUAGCGUCGCCUAGCGUCGCCGCGCGCGCGGAAACGAAGAAUGGAGAGCGAACAGCAUCACUAUGAGCUUCGCAGCAGAAGCAGAUCACGUUCCCAUACGCCUAUGGUUCAAAAUCGUCCCCAACAGGAGCCAGAGCUAACAGAGCGUCAUUAUGAUCUCAGAAACUGGAGCCGGGAAAGAUCGCACACACCUGGAGAAGUAACCAGUAGCAGAAGGUCUGGCUCUAGAUCAUUAACUGGCAGCAGUGUAAAGACGCAUGAAAAGAACAUGGAAAUCAUAGAGGAGAGCAAGGAGGGAUCUGUCACAGACAGUCUGAUAGAUAAUCAAAGCACAAAGUCCGAAAGUUCUGCCGUCACCACAAAAAAAGUAGAACGCCGGUCGGAACGUCAACGAGCCAAAAGGCAAAUAUUUGUCAAUGGCCAGAGCGAAAGUAAGGAGGACGCAUCUGACAAAAAAGCAGAACAGAGACGCAAAAGUGUUACGCCACGCAGAGUACUUACCAGUGACUACUCCUCUGAAGAAGGAGAGAGAGAAGAUCCUCCAAGUAGGCCAGGCUCUGCCUUUGAGAUUUACAAGCGGGCUGGUGAAUGGUGGAACGUGUUUCCAAAGACAGAUUACACAUAUUCACCAACGUCGCAGUAUCGGUACGAGAUCGCCCCAGGUAUAUUAGCCAUGCCCAAUAUGUCGAGACGGUCUAUACAUGUGAACAACAAUGGAAGUACCGUAUCUCAAACCAGUCGAAAUUUAAGUCAGGCUUCGAGAGGAACGACGGAAAGCGGAAUCGGCGAUAUGGACACAAUUGAUUUGAAAGAGACCGCCUCUCUUAUUCAUUCGUUCGAGGAUAAUUGCAACACAGCGAAUAUGUUGAGUUCUACAGCAAAAACGACUUUGUACAAAAAGACACACGUAGAACAGUACACAAGUAAUAAAGAAGUAAUUUAUUCGAAUCCGAGAUAUUCCUCAAAUCGGUUAAGAUACUUAUCGUGGGUGAAUACUCCAAUUGGAAAAUAUGAUACAUCUCAUGCUGAUUCUGAUACCGAUUUGGAUGAUACUUACAUAAAAUCAUCGGUUAAAACUAAUCAAAAUUGGAGGGUCGUGCAAUGGUUCACAUAUUUUACAGCCUUCAUUGUCACCUGCUUCAGAAAAACUGUCGAAUUCUUCAAAUUCAAAACGGAUAGGAAAAGACAGUAUUAUGUUUCACAAGCUUAUCGAUCAUACAAUGAAUCCAAAUGGAGUUCGUUGUGGCAAACUUUGGACCGUUAUACGCACAAUGUGUACUUUUUCUUCGUCAGAAUGCUUGUACUUGAUGCUUGGCUGUUGAGUCAAUUCACUGGCGUUAGGAAAUGGCUACAAGGGAAAGGUCCAAAGAUUCUAUGGAUUACGUUUCUACCGUUACUUCUUUUAUUUGGUGGUUGGUGCGUAGCACAAUAUUUAUCGCUUCUCUCUAACGUUAAAACUGUGACUGAAACCACAAUAGAAAAAUCAUUAUCUAAUGUACAAUGGGAGGAUCAUCAACAUAAAAUUAUUGAAAAAAUAUUGACUGACAAUGAAAUAAUUAAAGAAAAUUUAGUUAACAAAGCUGAUUUGGUCAACAGGAUAGAAAUGCUUGAGAAUAGACAGACGCAUCAAAUGGACUAUCUAAUUAAUAUUACUCGGACUCUAGAAGAUCGUAAGCAAAGUGAUGCCAAUUUCCGGAAGGAGUAUGAUGACAAAAUUGUUGAUGUGGAAAAUAAAAUGAAUGUCAGCGAAUUAAGAAAUGUAGCACAUAACGAAAUCAAAUUAAUUAAGAAUGAAUUUGAAGAAUUACGCGAAUUAUACUCACAAUUAAAAUCUUGUUGUAACGUCAACGCAGAAUCCAUUAUAAAUCAGAAUAUGGAAAAGCACGUAGAAAAAAUUUUGCUUAGCUACUUUCCUUCCGGAAUUUCGAAAGAAGAUCUCGGAAAAAACUUGCAGAGUUUACUUGCAUCUCAUAACAGAGAAGCUCACGAAGUCGUUAACGUUGACAAUGCAAAUGUUCCUGCUUCGGAUGAGCAUAUACGCAAAAUAGUAAAGGAAGUUUUGCGAAUUUAUGACGCUGAUAAAACUGGUCAAGUGGAUUAUGCUUUGGAAACUGCAGGUGGUCAGAUUAUUAGCACUCGAUGCACUCAGCGAUACGACAUAAGAUCGAGAGCCUUCAGUUUGUUCGGUUUUACGUUGUAUUACGAAAGCAAUAAUCCGCGGACGGUAAUACAGGGAAAUCCGAUACAACCUGGCGUUUGUUGGGCCUUCCAAGAUUUUCCCGGAUAUCUCCUGAUACAAUUGCGAAAUUUUAUUUAUGUAACUGGUUUCACUCUGGAGCAUGUAUCCAAAUUAAUCUUACCGAAUGAGAACAUGUCCAGUGCGCCCAGAAAAUUCAACGUUUGGGGAUUACUGAAUGAGAAUGAUCUUGAGCCAGUGAAGUUUGGGGAGUACGAAUUCAUGUAUUCCGAUGAAAGUUUGCAAUAUUUUCCAGUUCAGAACACAGAAAUCAAUAAACCAUACGAAUAUAUAGAAUUGAGGAUACACAGCAAUCACGGGCAACUAGACUACACGUGUUUAUACAGAUUUCGCGUUCACGGAAGACCAGCUUAGAAAUUAAUUGCGUCAAGGUUACUUUUCACAAGAUAUUCGAGCAGUAAGAUCAUUCAAAUAGUAGCAAGAACGAUCAUAUUUUACGAAUGUCUUGGAGAAGAAAAGGAACUUUUCUUCUCCAACACGCUACAAUUCUUCUUCAAUACGUGCCUUCAAUUAUCGUUAAUGAUAAACGUAACAAAUGGCAUUAUUUGCCGCAGCACCUGUAACUAUAACUGUUAAUAGAUGGAUUAUUUAAUGCUCUUUUGUAAUAGAUUUUCAACGAAACGAUCUCGAAAUACUUAAUACAUACAUGCCGAUAUUUAAUACAUACGAGAUAAAUGGAAGCCGUUUUUGUCACCAUUUUAAACGCGUUGAACGUUGUAUAUAUACAUUCAAUAAUUUAUACUAUUUAAGAAGAUUGCACGAUUGAUCGGGUCAAGCAGGAAAACUCGCGGGUGUCGACUCGAUAGUGUUCCACAAUUAUGCUUAUAUGUACAAUACAAAUGUCUUCAUUAUAUGGCCUUGCUGUAGCAGUUAUCCGAGUAAUGCAUUUGGAAAGAAAAAAAAAAGCAAUUUCGUACAACGCAGUCUCUUUAAUAACGUGAGAAAUCGAUUAAAAGUUGGAAGGCUAAAAAGAAUAGACAGAAAAUCUUAACUUCGUAACGAAUCUCGAGAGUGAAAAAGAAAGAGAUAGAGUUUGCCUGUGUUUGCAUGUAAAUAACAGAUUUGGCAGCGUCACCGUGCAAGACUGACACUUGAAAAGUUACCCCAAAGUUGAGUGUGAGUCAUAAUAUUCGCAAUAACGCGACAGUACAAAUUGUAAGGGAUAGUAAGAUCAUUUAAUUAUAAUUAGUUAAUUACUAAGUUUUAAGUGUGCGAUACCGUGAAUGAUUGCUUUCGCCGACCUUUGUAAGGAUUUAGCGAUUAAAACGCCGCGGUAGUUAACACACAUUGUAUACAUAGAUACUUGUUUAUAAGAUAUUCAAGUAAGAGAGAGUUCUCAAUUCUUUUUUUUUUAUUUUAAGAUUGCGUAUGCGUAUCGUUUUCGCUUCGUAAUUAUUUAGGGUCGUUGGCGAUGGGUCCAACCCUUGCCAAUGUGAAAAAUGCGAUUAUCACCGCAUUUUUUAUCAUUUUUCCGUAUGCGCUAGCCGUAUAUUUAAAAUUUCUAAAUAAAAAUUGCGUUUCACUCGACAAUUCAGUUUUAUUCACCCGGAGACCAAUUGUG